AUGGGAACCUUCCAUGCCUCCAUCCACAGUGAAGGAGGGCCUUCCGACUUCUUCCAUCAGCAGAGAAGGAGACCUUCCAGCAUCCAUCCAAAUAGAAGGAGGGCCUUCCAUACUCCCUCCCUCAGCAUAGAGGAGGACUUUCCAGACGUCUCCAUCAGCAGAGAAGGAGACCUUCCAGACUCCUCCUCCAGGCAGAGAAGGAAAGACCUUCCAGACCCUCCAUUAGCAGAGAAGGAGGGCCUUCCAGACCUCCUCCAUUCCAGCAGGGAGAAGGAGGACCUUCCAGGACCUCCUCCAAUUCCAGCCCGGAGAAGGAGGGACCUUCCAGCCUCCAUCCACAGAAGGAAGGAGGGCCUUCCAGACUUCCAUCCACAGAGGACCGGAGGGCCUUCCAGGACCUUCCAUCCACAAGGAGGGAAGGCAGGGCCCUUCCAGACCCUCCCAAUUCAGCAGAAGGAGGGAGGACCUUCCAGGGGAAUCCUCCAUCCAGCCGGAAAGAAGGAAGGGACCUUCCAGCCUCCAUCCACCAAGAAGAAAGGAGGGACCUUCCAGCCCCAUCCACAGAGAAGGAGGGCCUUCCAUACCUCCCCUCCAAAUCAGCAGAGGAAGGGAGGAUUUCCAGGACCUCCUCCAUUCCCAGCAGAGAAGGAAGGACCUUCCAGAACUCCUCCCAUCAGGGUUCCAGAGAAGGAAGGACCUUCCAGACCUCCUCCAUUCCAGCAGAGGAAGGAGGGCCUUCCAAGGACCUUACCCAUCAGGGCCAGAGAAGGAAGGACCUUCCAGACCCUCCAUUCCAGCAGAAAAGGAGGGCCUUCCAGACCCCAUCAGCAGGAGGAAGGAGGGGCCUUGGCCAGGACCUUCCGGCCAUCAGGAGAAGAAGGAAGACCUUCCAGACUCCUCCAAUUCAUCUGGUUGAGAAGGAGGACCUUCCAGCUCCAUCCACCAGAAAGAAGGAGGGGGGGCCCUUCCAGCCUAUCCAGAAGGAGGGAGCCUUCCAGGACCUCCAUCCACAGAGAAGAGGGACCUUCCAGGACUCCAUCCACAGAGAAGGAAGGGCUUCCAGACCCAUCCUCCAUCAGCAGAGAAGGAGGACCUUCCCAGACUCCUCCAUUCAGCGGAGAAGGAGGACCUUCCAGCCCCCCAUCCAAGGUAGGAGGGCCUUCCAGACUCCAUCCACAGAGAAAGGAGGGCCUUCAGAACUCCAUCCACCAGAGAAGUGAGGGGCCUUCCAGACUCCAUAAGCAGAAGGAUGGGGACCUUCCAAGACUCCUCCAUCAGCGGAGGAAGGAGGACCUUCCCCAGCCUCCCAUCCAAAGAGAAGGAAGGGACCUUCAGCCUCCAUUCCACCAGAGAAGGAGGGCCUUCCAUACUCCUCCAUCAGCAGAGAAGGAGGACCUUCCAGGGAACUCCCUCCAUCAGGUUCCGAAGAAAAAGGAGGGGCUCUUCCAGACUCCAUCCAUCAGUAGAGAAGGAAGGACCUUUCCAGAUCCUCCAUCAGCGGAGAAGGAGGACCUUCCAGCCUCCAUCCACAGAGAAGGAGGGCUUUCCAGCCUCCAUCCAAAGAGAAGGAGGGCCUUCCAGACUCCAUCCACAGAGAAGGAGGAAAACCUUCCAGACUCCAUCCACAGAGAAGGAGGCCCUCCGACUCAUCCGCAGAGAAGGAGACCCUUCCAGACUACCUCCAUUCAGCGAGAAGGAGGACCUUCAAGCCUCCACCACAGAGAAGGAGGACCUUCCAGCCUUCAUCCACAAGAGAAGAGGGCCUUCCAGGACUCCCAUCCACAGAGAAGGAAGGAACCUUCCAGAUCCAUCCACAGAGAAAGAAGGCCUUCCAGACCCAUCCACAGAGAAGGAGGCCCUUCCAGCCUCCAUUCACGAGGAGGAGGACCUUCCUGCCUCCAUCCAAAGAGAAGGGGGGCCUUCCAGACUCCAUCCAAAAAGAAGGAGGGCCUUCCAGACUCCAUCAGCGGAGAAGGAGGACCUUCUAGCCUCCAUCCCCAAGGAAGGAUGGCCUCCAGAUCCAUCCACAGAGAAGGAGGCCCAGACUCCAUUCCACCAGAGAAGGGAGGGCCUUCCAGACUCCAUCAGCCGAGGAGGAGGGCCUUCCAGCCUCCAUCCACAGAGAAGGAGGGCCUUCCGAGGGCCUCCAUUUUUCCACAGAGAAGGAGGGCCUUCCAGACUCCAUCGCCAGAGGAGGAGGGCCUUCAGAUCCUCCAUCCCCACGAAGGAGGAGGGGCCUUCCAGACUCCUCCAUCCACAGAGAAGGAAGGCCUUCCAGACUCCUCCAUCCACAGAAUAAGGAGGGCCAUUCCAGACCCUCCAUCCACAGAGAGGAAGGCCUUCCAGGACUCCCUCCAUCCACAGAGAAGGAGGGCCUUCCAGACUCCUCCAUACAGAGAAGGAGCCUUCCAGACUCCCAUCCACAGAGAAGAGUGCCUUCCAGACCCAUCCACAGAGAAGGAGGGCCUUCCAAGACUCCAUCCACCAGAGAAGGAGGGCCUUCCAGAUCCAUCCAACAGAAAGGGGGGCUUCCAGACUCCAUCCACAGAGGAAGGGCCUUCCAGACUCCACCAGCCGAGGAGGAGGACCUUCCAGGGACUCCUCCAAAUCCAGGGAAGAAGGAGGACCUUCCAGCCUCCAUCCACCAGAAAGGAGGCCUUAAAGACCUCCCCUCCAUCAAGAGAAGGGCCGGCUUCCAGCCUCCUCCACAGAGAAGGAGGGCCUUCCGACUCCAGCCACCAGAGGAAGGAGGGCCCCUUCCACCUCCAUCAGCGGAAGGAAAAGGAGGACCUUCAGGAGAAGGAGGGCCCUUCCAGACUCCAUCCACAGAUAAGGGGAGGGCCUUCCAGACUCCUCCAUCCACAGAGAAGAGGAGGGCCUUCCCAGCCUUUCCCCAUCCACAGAGAAGAGGCCUUCCAGACUCCUCCAUCCACAGAGAAGAGGGGCCUUCCAGACUCCUCCAUCACAGAAGGAGGACCUUCCAGUCCUCCAUCCACAGAGAAGGAGGCCUUCCAGAAUCCUUCCUCAGAAGGAGGGAGGGCCUUCCAGGACCUUCCAGACCUCCAUCCAGCAGAGAAGGAGCCAGGGCCUUCCAGACUCCUCCAUCAGCGUGAAGGAGACCUUCAGCCUCCAUCCACAGAGAAGGAGGGGGAAACCUUCCAGACCUCCUCCACACAGCGGAGAAGGAGGACCAUUCCCAGCCUCCAUCCACAGAGAAGGAGGACCUUCCAGACUAUCCUCAUCGGAAAAGGGGGGGGGGGGGAGGACCUUCCAGCCUCCAUCCACAGAGAAGGAGGGCCUUGGCCAGGACCUCCAAUUCCACAGAGAAGGAGGGCCUUCCAUCCUCCUCCAUCACAGAGAAGGAGGGCCUUCCAGACUCCUCCACACAGAAGAAGGACACCCUCCCAGUCCUCCCCCAUCCAGGCAGAGCAGGAAGGGAGGACCUUCCAGCCCACUCCCUCCCAUCAGCAGAGAAGGAGGAACUUCCAGACUCCUCCAUCAGCGGAGAAUGAGGACCUUCCAGCCUCACCACAGAGGAAGGAGGACCUUCCAGCCUCCAUCCACAGAGAAGGAGGGCCCUUCCAUACCGGGUCCUUCCAUCCAAACAAGAAGGAAGGAGGACCUUCCAAGGAAGCCUUCCAUCCAGCAGGAGAAGGAGGACCUUCCAGGACCCAGCCUCCACCAGAAGAGAAGGAAGGACCUUCCAGACUCCUCCAUUCAGCAGAGGAGGAAGGCCUUCCAGGGAUCCUCCCAUCAGCAGGAGAAGGAGGACCUUCCAAGACUCCUCCAUCCAAGCGGAAGAAGGGAGACCUUACAGCCUCCAUCCACAGAAGGAGGGCCUUCCAGAAUACCAUCCACAGAGAAGGGAGGCCUUCCAGACUAUCCACAGAGAAGGAGGGCCUUCCAAAGACUCCUAAGGGCAGAGGAAGGAGGGACCUUCCCAAGAAUUCCUCCAUCAGCGGAGAGGAGGACCUUCCAGCCUCCAUCCACAGAAGGAAGGAGACCUCCAGGACUCCAUCCACAGAGAGGGAGCCUUCCAUUACUCCUUCCAUCAGGGCAGCGAAGGAGGGGUUGACCUUCAGGGACUCCUCCAUCAGCAAGAAGGAAGGGAGGACCCUUCAGCUCCUUCCAUCAGCAGAGAAGGGGGAGGACCUUCCAGGGAUCCUCCAUCAGCAGAGAAAGGAGACCUUCCAGACUCCUCCAUCCCUCAGCAGAGAAUGGGAGGGACCCCUCCAGACUCCCUCCAUCACAGAGAAUGGAGGACCUUCAGGACCUCCUCCAUCAGCAGGGAAAAGGAGGGACCUUCCCAGGACUCUCCAUCAGCAGAGAAGGAGGGUCCUUCCAGGAGGGGCCUCCAUCAGCAGAGAAGGGAGGCCUUCCAGACCUCCUCCAUCAGAGAAGGAGGCCUUCCAGACUCCAUCAGCAGAAAGAGGAUGGGACCUUCCAGACUCCUCCAUCAGCGGAGAAGGAGGACCUUCCAGCCUCCAUCCCAGAGGGAAGUAUGGGACCUUCCAGCCCCACUCCGAUCAGCACCAGAAGGAGGGCCAUUUCCUUCCACCAUCCCUCCAUCAGCAGAGAAGUAGGACCUUCCCAGACUCCUACCAUCAGCAGAGAGGAGGACCUUACAGGACUCUCCAUCUAGCAGAGAAGGGGGCCUUCCAGACUCCCUUCCAUCAGCAAGGAAGGAAGGGGACCCUCCAGACUCCAUCCAUCAGCAGAGAAGGAGGGACCUUCCAGCUCCUCCAUCAGCAGAGAAGGAGGACCUUCAGACCCACUCCAUCAGCGGAGAAGGAGGACCUUCCGAAAAAAGCCUCCAUCAACAGAGAAGGAUUGGGUCCCUGCCAGACUCCUCCAUCAGCGGAGGGAAGGAGACCGGUUCCAGAUCCAUCCACAGAGAAGAGGGCCUUUCCAGACUCCAUCACAGAGAAAGUAGGACCCUUCCCGACUCCUCCAUCAGCGGAGAAGGUAGGACCUUCCAGCCUCCAUCCACCCAAGAGAAGGAGGGAGGCCUUCACGACCUCCAUCCACAGAGAAGGAGGACCUUCCAGAAUCCCUCCAUCAGCAGAUAAGGAGGACCUGCCCAGGGACUCCAUCCGAUCAGCGAGAAGAGGCCUUCCAGACAUUCAUUAG